AUGGGUUCUCCAAACUCAUCCGACAUCGAGGCCCCGAGCUCACCGGUCCGCCCCGAAAAGUCGUUUGUCUCCAACAUUGAUGAUGGCGAUACCACGAUGAUGGAUGCCGCGACGCCGGAACCCGGAGAGAAAGCCUCGCGCUCUAAAAGCAAGGCAUCACAGUCCAAGGAUGCUGGUUCGCAAUCCACCAUCGGCAAGAUUCGACAUCUGAAGAAGGAGGACGGUGAUCCAUUGUGGAGAAAGGAUAUCCAAUACGAUUUCCUCAAAGCUAUUUUUGAUGACGAGAAAAAGGUCUUCACCAAUAGUUACGAGCCUGACAAGAUUGGGAAGCAGUGCUUCGCUGAUCUUUACAUUGACACCAUGGCAAGGAGUAGUAAGACCAGUAAGGUGUUGAGGGACAAGCUGCUGAGCGAUCGGGACGCUGCCAAAGGCAUGGCCAUGGUGUGCCUGCUUGUGAAUAUUGGGCGGAUGAACACAACACUUAAUUUCUUCCCCGAGAUGCGGGCCCAGCUACGAACAUACCAUGCGAUUCCGUCCCUCCAAGCCCGCCAGGAUCCCCAUGCCUACAAGCAACUGCAGGAUGCUCCCCGUCUCAAGUCUAUCCUCAAGGGUAGCAUGGAAGACCGCGAAGAGCCCGGCACGCUCGUGAGCAUCAAAGAGGCAAACAUCCCGCGCACAAACCCAGUCUCCCUACUCUUUAUCAUUUGCGCGGCGGCCCAGAAGAUAGCCGAGCUCCACUUUCCCGCCGGCCAAGAGUUCCACGACCUCGUGAUGAAAACCAAAUUUUCGAGCCAUUCCAGGGCCAUGGCUUUCCUUUGGCUCAUGUGGUUCUACCUAGAGUCCGACUUUACGGAAGAGGGCUGCGAAGAAAAUCCGUUUGGACCCGGUGUCGAUUACGGUUUACACGUUGCCAACCAGGGAGUACCAUCGCUCGAGGAGAUGACGGCUGAAGAAGAGGUGGCUGAGAAUGUGGACACGCAAGAAGAGCUUGAUUUCGGCUACGAGAAACAGAAGAUGAGGGCCAAGAUUCUCGAGGUCGACCAAGCCUAUAUCGCUGAUACUCAACCGAAGCGCGGAGCCAGAAGCAGGGCAGUUGCCGAUGAUGGACCAGCGAUCCUACCCCGCAUCCGACCCUCGAAGCACGAGUCAGACAUGGAUAGUACCAGGUCGACUCCGCCACCAUCGAGGGUGCUAGCUCGACAGGCCGCUAUCGGCAGCGCGAGCCGGCGCGGGAUACCAUCCAAGUACACCAUCAUCGAUGCCUCGUCCCCGGCAGGACCUCAAGGGGACGGCGUGGUCUCGCGCAAGCCCCGACCACCCACGGCUCACCAGCUAGCAGUUGAGCGGCACCGAAAGGAGCAGGUUGAUCAUAUUCUCGACCGUGGUCUCCGCAAACAGUAUCGCAAACUGCGCAAGCUUCGAAAGCAGGAAGGUGCCAUCUAUCGCGCCUCUGUUCGUAUCAAGGAGAUGCCUGAUGAGCUCGCAUUCCAGAAUAGCGAUGGCGAAGAUGAGCCCAGCCGCGGCCGCUCACACGUGAACAAAGACGACUACCCGUUCCGGUCCACCGGGCCCGGAGGGUUGUGCCAGCUCAAAUCCGAGCCUGACGAUUUUGGUGAGGAGACCAACAUGUAUUGCGCGUCUGUUCGCAGGGCCGUUCGCCGGCUCAACCGUUGGAUCGAGCUACAGGAUCAAGCAGUCAUCCCCGCCAUCAAGCGAAAGAGGGUGCACCAGCCGGAGCCCCAAGACUUGGGCGAUGAUGAGCUUGACGGAAUCGAUGACGAUGACAUUCAUAUCAACGGCCACGGGCUUAAGAAUGGCGGGACGCCAUCGCGAAAGAGCAAAAAGUCCCGAGCCAAGCUUGACGUAGUGGAAGACGUCGACGAAAACGGCGACAUGCCGAUGGAUGACGGAGAUGACCCGGAUGGAGACAAGGCCAGCCUCCGGGCCGACGAUGACGAUGAGGUAGAGGAUACUCCUCGCCCCAAAGCGCAACGGGUAACUGCGCUCAUUGACGAGGCAGACGAUUAG